UAAGAAAAAAGACUUGGGGUGCCUCUGGUAUGUUUGUGACUGCCACUUUACCUUUGUAGGCCUUAUACUUUUAUUACUGCUGCCUGACAUAGAUGUUUUUUUCCUAGGAGGAUGGGCUGUGGUCAUGUGCCCUUGUGGAAUUGUGUACAGCAUCAAAUGCUGUUUGCGCGCAGAGAGUCCGAGGGACUUUGCAGAUGUCCUCCUCUCAUGGAAACACAUACCCAACGUAGUCAUCUAUGAUUUUGCACGGGGACUGGCCACACACACCAAUCUUCGCUAUCCCGAGACGUUAAUCUUCACGCCACAUGAAGGUCGUCUAGCUGACCCAACAGAUGGCAACAUAAAGAUGGCAAAGGAAGGAAAGCUGAAGAUCUCCUUGCCAUGGCUUAGUAUAAAAAAACAAGUCCCAGACAGCCAUGGCCACCCAAUUACAGGCUCAGCAGAGCACUAUGUCCUUAAUGACAAAUUUCAUGAAGACAAUUCAAAAGACGAACGGGAUGCUCUCCGGGAGAUUGGUCUUGUAGCCCAACUUGCUGGUAAAGUGAAUAGCCAGGCUGCAGAGCAGUUCUUUAGCAAAUCAAAGAAAAAUAAUUACUUUCUAAAUAUGACCCUUCCAUCAACCCAUGUCUUCCUCAUGAGAAGUAUCAUCCAUCACCACAACAGCCAGAAGAACUUGAGAAGACUAGAGGCCUUCAAAAAGUUAUUUGGGACAGAAGUGGUGCUGAACAUCAACUACCAGGCUGUUCUUGACCUUAGUGGAUCAACAGCAACAAUGGAUUUGCCAGACUUUGAUGCCCCUGUUACAUGGUAUGGAUAA